AUGGCGAUGGCCGCGGGUCUUGUGAUUUCAGUAGCACUUAUAAUGGGGAUUCUAUCGUUGACAGCGUACAGAGGAAAGGACCCCAUAACCAUGCUGAAUGGGGUGGUCUUAAGGGACCUGCAAAUUUCUCAGGAUGUGCCUAAACUCACUAUGGAUUUGAAUCUCUCUGUGAAGAACCCCAACAAGUAUGCCUUCAGGCCCACAAAAAACACUGCAUUCUUGCUCUAUAGAGGUGUUAUGGUCGGGGAGGCGGUCAUAGAAGUCGGGGAGAUAGCCCCCGGCGCCACUAAAUCCACGACCGUCACGCUCACCAUUUUGGCUGAGCGUAUGCAGGGGAACCCCGCCAUUCAUAUGGACGUGGCAGGGGGUAUGGUGCCCUUCAACACUUACACCAAAAUCUCCGGCAAAGUGAAGGUUUUCCGCCUGGUCGGUGUCACUGUGAUCUCCACCGGCUUAUGUGGUUUAGAUGUCGAUGUCCAGAGCAAGACUAUUGGGGACCCCAAGUGCGCAUAG